AUGAAUAUUACAUCGAGAAAUUCGCCUGAUUCGCACGAUAUUAAUAUAAAUCCAAUGUCGUUUACAAAUCAGCACGGCAGUGUUAUAUUGGAACGACUUCGAUAUCAACGAGAUACGGGUCGUUUUUGUGAUGUUCAUUUAAUCGUAAAAGAUCGCCGUUUUUCGGCUCAUCGUAAUAUAUUAGCUGCGUGUAGUCCGUAUUUUGAUUCGAUUUUUAAAAAUUCGAAAGUUGUCAAAGAACAAGUCACCGUUAAUUGUCAAAAUCCUAAUGUUUUUGAACUUUUAUUAAAUUAUAUGUACACUGGGAGUGUUGUCAUUGAUCGAAAUAAUGUAACGGAUUUAUUGAAGCUUGCCAAUAACUUUUUGGUGACAAAAAUCAAAAAUUAUUGUGCCGAAUAUUUGGAUCGCUAUAUGGAAUAUUCAAAUUGUCUCGCGAUAAAGGAACUCGCCUUUAAAUACAAUUUACCAGCACUUUUGAAAAGCUCUUGCGAUUUUUUCGAUGCAAAUAUCAAUCGAUGUUUAUUGGAAAGUGUCGACAUUAUUGAAUAUUCACUUUCGCAGAUCAACUCAAUCUUAGCAGAACCGAAAUACAGUGCAGUUAUAUCACCAGAUGUACAUUUGAAAUUAAUUAUCCGGUGGGUAAGCGCUUAUCCAAACCAGCGUGAUUCACUUUUCAAGGAGAUGUUGGCUUGUUGCCCUUUUUCAAGAGUUCAAAUUUCAACUUUGGAAGAACUUUUGGACUUUUCUCCAUUUUUAAGUAGUUCACCAUCAUCAAGACUCACGCUAUUGCAAACCAUGUAUGUUGAGAAUCUGUUAUUUUCUGCAAUAUAUUCAACGUUGUAUACAAAUAAUUAUGAAUUGAUAAAUAAAAAUAAAUAUUUUGAUUCACUUUUGAUAAUGAUAUUGUAUGAACAUUCAAUGCCUAUGUCAAAAUACCAAACACAGCAUCGCGAACUUUUGGCUCAGUUUGGCGGCCAAGUUAAUAUGUAUUUUAAUGAUGCACCAGCAAUUUAUUCAGCUCUUAAUGAAUUUAAUGAUAGCGGUGAUAAUACAUUAAAGGUCGAAGGUGAUCAAUUAAAAAGUGGAUUCCAUGAGAAUGGCAAGAAUUCAUAUGUGGAAAAUAGCAAUAUUCAGUUGUGUCCUGAUAAGCAAAUGAAAUGUAACGAGGAUACUGGGCAACCACCUGUUUUUGGCGCUUCUACUACCGAUGAAGUACUUGAACCGUCAACAUCGAACGAUACCAGGCCAGCUCUGAAACUAAAAAUUCAAUUGGAUUCUCUUGCUAUCAUGAAUCGAAAAAACCGCCUUCUUGGGAAGACACCACUGGCUACAGGUCGCCACAAGCUAUAUCGAAAAUCAAUAUCCACUGCAAACCAAAUGCUUGCAAAACGGAGGGGUAGACCACCUAAAUGCCUCGAUGAUGGUUUAUCUGAUUCCUUACGAUCGAAUGAUUAUAUUUAUCCUCAUAAAGAAUUUGGUUCAGAAUCGGUUUUGGAUUAUACUGAACAGUUGAGCAUUAAAGUCACGUUUGAAGAAGAAGAUGAAUUUGAUUUAACUCAGGUUAAUGAACCUGAAAUGCCAGUAGACUCACGAGAUGGUUUAGGAGGAAACAAUAAUGAAAAUUCGUUUAAUUGUGAAUAUUGUAACUAUAAAGCAUUAACAACAACACACGUCAGGAGUCAUGUUGUUCGGGAACAUUUGAGAAAUAUUGUUUAUGUUUGUUCACUUUGCCCAUAUGAAUGCAAAUGGAACAGUGAAUAUUACAGUCAUAUGCAGACACAUUUUUCGGGGCCACCUUUUCAAUGCGACUCAUGUGAUUUUACGUCAGAUCGCAUGCAUUUUUUCCUCUCACAUCGGUUUACGCAUGUAAAUGAUCGUCCUUUUAAAUGCGCCUUAUGUGAAUAUAAAUCUCGAUCAAAAAACAAUUUGAUAAUGCAUGUUUUAAACCAUUCAGUUGAAAAACCAUUUCAUUGUACAGAAUGUGGUCGAGGUUUUGCUAUGAAAAGUACGCUUGAUCAGCACCUUGCAGCCCAUUCCGAAUCUCGACCUUAUCAAUGCUCCCACUGCGAUUUUUCGACGAAAUAUCAAAGUCAUUUAAUAUCACAUCGUAGAAUACAUUCAGGCGACGUGUUUCAUUGUCAUUACGAAGAUUGUACUUAUUCAUCUCCCAAAAAAAGUCAACUAGCCGCUCAUUUAAGAACACAUCUUGCUGUUAGAGCUCAUCAGUGCAAAAUUUGUAAUCGAUCUUUCAUUGAGAAAUCUCACUUGGUACGCCAUGAGCGAAUUCAUUUAGAAGACAAACCUUUCAAGUGCGACAAUUGUGAUUAUUCUUCUUCACGGCGUGAUAAACUGAAAGAGCAUAUUCAAAAACAUCAUAAUAUGGCAAAUGCAGGAAAACAACACCGUCGCCGUUAUCGUCGUGCUAAGCAACUUGCUCAAUUAGCCGCUCAAACUAAGGUGCAGCCGAAUUUCGAUGCACUUUUUCGACCUAUCCAACCAUCCGAAGUCGUGGAAAAUCCUGGGACUAGCGAAAAUAAUCUUCCUAACCCUUCAGAAGUUCAAAACCAUGUCAGUUAUAGAUUAAAUGAUUUAAAUGUUAGCGCACCUUGUAUUGAAAGUCAUCAGUUAGAUAAUCGAAGGCAAGGAGUUAAUGCAGAAAUAAAUUCCUAUUCUCAGAAUAUCCUCGAUUUUACUUCAAUGAGAGCUACCGAUAAUAUCAUUAGCCGUCCUUGUUCUGCAAGAGCACCAUCUCCAAUGAAAUAUCAGUCACCCACAACAAGCCUUAUUAAUUUUCCACUGACUACAACUGAUUCUCCUUUAAUGGGUGCAAAUAAGGAUAUAACGUUGGCUGGUCCUGUGCUUGAAUCUCCGAUUGAUUCUCUAAAAACCCCGGUAUUACGUAGUCCUCAAAGUGUAACUGUUCAAUCAAUAAUGGAUGCUGAUGCAUCACCAUCAAUGCCUCAGAGCGGCCAUCGUCCGAUGAGUUUGCCUCCUUAUGGUCAUCCCGUGUCAAAUACUCAAAUGGAAUCAGCAUGGCUUGGUCGUGAAAGUUUUGAUGGAAGGGAUCGUAUGGCUGGAUUUUCAACAGGUGUCCAUGAUUUGCGAUUGUUUGGUCAAGAUGAUUCCUGA